CAGCGAGAAAACAUUAGAAGAUCCAAGAUGGCCGCGGUGAUUUCGCGCCAAAUCCCGCUUCGCGCGCGCCAUCUUUUACCGGCCGGUGCUAACUUCCGCUUGAAUUUGAAUCAUUCGAGCCGUUCGAAAUAGUCAUUUGUGAAUUAACUGUGACAGUGUUAUGUCGUGAUGUGAUAGUUGUUAUUUUGUGUUGUGUUUGUGAUAAUGUCGGGGGAAGAGCGGUCGCGGCGACUGUCGCAGAUCUUCGACCCGCUGUCGAGGUUCACUGACCAUGCGGCUGGUCAUUCCGCCAGUACUCCAAACAGCCCAAGGUUGAUGCCGAGGAGGUCACGGGAGCCGCCACCUCCACCACCUAGGCCAAUCGCGCAAGCUUCGCGCCUUGACCCGUUGGAGUAUGAGCUGGCGGCCGCCGACCUCGGCUCCAUCAACUGGCAGGAACGAUGCUUGGAGCUACAGCUGGAGCUGCAUCGCAGCCGCCACCAGGCUACCAGGGUCCGCGACAUGCUUCGAGAUAAGCUCUCGGAACUCGAACAGCGGGUUCUGGAGGCCGAGGGCAGAGCAGAGGAAGCCGAGGACAAGGUCCGCGCCAUGGAGCAGCGGCUGUGCGAUUGGCCUGGUCCGGGUGCCGCUGAAGGCGCACCUAGAGCCAUUACGCGACUCGAGGGCCAGAUUGAAGAACAGAAACAGCUGCGACUCCAGGACGCGAAGCAGGUAGAAGCAAAAGCGGCCCGAAUCAAGGAGUGGGUGACAAAUAAACUACGGGAGCUGGAGCAGCAAAACCAGCAGCUGCGAGAGCAGAACGAUCGCUGCAAUCAACAGUUGGAGUUGCUGCGGAACCACAUAGCUGCUCAAGGGAGCAGGAAUUGUGCUCUACUGCCCACUCGAGCAAGCCUGUCCCUCGAAGUGCGAGAGGACGGCUUCCCUCGGGCCUCCCCCAGCCUCCUGGCCUCCAAUCGCCGGAGAUCAGAGAGCCUGGAAGGGCCACAGUUACCAAUAGCCUCGUCGGAGCCCCACUACAGCACGCCGGUCAGGCAUCGACGGAACUUGUCCAUCGGUACGACGAACGUCGCCAACAACACUAACGCCGCCACUCCGCCGCUCAACACUAUGAAUAGGACCAUGGAUGAGAGAACCACUGCCAGUUUACUAGCCGAUGAUUUGGCGACUGCUGUUGAAAAUUUAGUAGUAAUGCCUACAACGCCCAACACUUCGACAGACGGCGACACCACUCACGAUUAUGCAGAAAUUUACACUCCUAGUAGAGAGCGCACGCCGGCGUGGCAGGGCGCGGGCGCGGGCGCGGCGGCGGGCGCGCGCCGCAGCGCGGGCGGCUCGUCCACGGGCGACAGCUCGGCGUCGGAGCAGCCGCGCCCGCCCACGCCGCCGCUGCACCGCUUCCCCAGCUGGGAGGCCAAGAUCUACCGGGUGGCAGACGACGGCCUUCAGCAAUCUGUAGAAGAAGAACUGAGUCCACCGCCGUGCCCCAGGCCUAUGCACGAGUCAACCAGCUACCAGGACAUAUCCGUCCCAGUUUACGCCACUGUCAAAGGGCGCGCUAGUCAAAUUCGGUCUAUGCCGUUCACGGGAGACUCGUCAGAUGAUUCCUCAGACGGCGAAGAGUCCAUGGGAGUGACCGUUCAUAACACUCCGCAUCACAAUCCUGUCUUCAGUGGGAGCUCAAACAUGCCAAUCAACAACGUAAAUCUUACGAGCAUCCUUCCUGUCUCCAUACAACAAACCUCUCACGGUCUAGUCCUGACCAGCACUGGCAACGGCCAGUGCAGUUCAUCCGAUACCUCGUUGAGUGCUAGCAGUCCUUCGAAGAGCGUCAAAACGAGUUCCAGUUUGAGUCCCGCGAAAAGGUCGAGCAGUGGAUCGCCUAGUAAACAGAGUAAGACUAGAGACACGUCGUUCGAGUCGGGCAUGUCGGACGACUACGCCAUCCCGCCCGACGCCGUGUCGUGCGAGUCGGCGCCGUCGCUGGCGCUGGCCCGCGCGCCCGCCGCCGACUCGCCGCGCCGCCACGACGCGCUGGAGAAGAGCGGCCACCUGGCCAAGCUGGGCGGCAAGCUCAAGACCUGGCGCAAGCGCUGGUUCGUCCUCAAAAACGGUACUCUUUCAUACUGGAAAUCACAAUCUGAAGUGAACCGUAAACCACAAGGUCAAAUCGGCUUGGGCGAAGCCUGCAAGAUAUCGCGGAACGAAGGAGCAGCUACCUUUGAAAUCUUCACGGGAACCAAGACUUACUACCUGACAGCUGAUAGCAUUGCCACUAUGGAAGAUUGGAUCAGAGUGUUGCAGAAUGUUCAAAGGCGAAACGCGACCAAGCUUCUGUUGAGCAAAGAAGACAACAAACCGACCAUCCAGGGCUGGCUGACCAAGGUGAAGAACGGGCAUGCCAAGAAGAGCUGGUGCGUGCUCAUCGGGAAGAUGUUCCUUUACUUCAAGUCGCCGGGAGACCAGAACCCGCUGGGGCAGAUCAACAUGCGCGACGCGCGCGUGGACGACGUGGAGCACGUGUCGGACUCCGACUCCGAGGAGAAGAACGACGACGCCAGGAACCACCUCACCGUCGCCAUCUACCCGCAGCAUCAGGUAACGGGGGGGCCAACGUACCUUCUGUUCGAGAGCAAAGCCGACAAAGACUCGUGGUUGUACCAUUUGACAGUCGUGAGUGGAGGUGGCCUGAGCCAGGGUACGCACUUUGAACAGCUUAUUCAGAAGCUUAUGGAGACCGAUGGAGAUCCCAAUUGUGUUCUAUGGAGACAUCCCACCUUAUUGUAUUCAAAGGAAAACAUCAAUUCGCCGCUGACGUCCUUGAACUCGGAGGCUUUGCAAGCGGAGGCAUUAAAACUGUUUAAGUGCGUGCAGCUGUUCAUGUCGGUGGCGGUGGAGCACGCGGGCAUCGACUACCACGUGGUGCUGGCGCAGAACGCGCUGCAGCAGUGCCUGGAGGUGACGGAGCUGCAGGACGAGCUGGUCUCCUGCCUGGCCAAGCAGACCACGGCGCACACGCACUCCAAGCACGGCGUGCAGGUAACCCCGACGACGCCGCGCCGCCACGCAAAGCUAAACCUUAAAGCUGCCAAGCUUAAGAAUCAACUGCUACUGUGCGCGACACAAUCGCUGUUUACGUGCGACACGAGCGGCUCGUCCGUCGGAGGGGAUAACAAGAGCGACGCGCCGCCCCAGGCUGGCUCACCGAGCUCGAUACAGGCGCCAUUGUUAUCAGUGGAUUGCAAAAGCAACCCUCCUACAUACAGUUUCGUACAAGGCUGGCAGUUGCUGGCCCUCGCUGUCAGUUUGUUCGUGCCGAGAAAUAACAGAUUGCUUUGGUAUCUGAAGCUACAUCUUAGCAGGCAUUCCGAUUCUAAGACGGAAUGUGGCAAAUACGCGGCGUACUGUUCGCGUGCCUUAGAACGUACAAUUCGCAACGGCGGACGAGAGGACAAACCCUCCCGCAUGGAAGUACUGUCCAUACUGUUGAAGAACCCCUACCACCAUUGUUUGCCGCAUGCUAUACCGGUGCACAUGUUGAAUAACACUUACCAGGUGAUCAGCUUCGACGGAUCGACCACAGUGGAGGAAUUCCUGUCAACGCUCAGCACAGAGUUGGGCUGCAGAGAAUCCGCGCAGUCCGGCUUCGCGCUGUUCAGCGAUGACCCCAUUGAGAAGGAUCUGGAGCAUCAUAUUAAGCCUGACAAAAAGCUGUGCGACGUUAUAUCAAAAUGGGAGACGGCGCUGCGAGAAAAGGGCUCAGGGAAGUUCGAAAACUCACGAGUGAUCCGACUGACGUAUAGAAAUAGGCUGUAUUUUAAGAAUUCUGUUCGUACGGAAAUCGAUAAAGAGAGAUUGCUGCUUUGCUACCAAGUUAAUCAACAAGUGGUAGCAGGCAGGUUUCCAGUAACUCGAGAGCUAGCGGCGGAGUUGGGCGCUCUGAUGGCCCAACUCGACAUGGGCGACUACUCGGCCACGAACACGCAGCACAACCAACCUUUGGCCCAUCGGUUCUACCCGUACAGGUACAGAGCGGGCAUGAGCAACGAUGAGUUAAGAGACGUGGAAGAGAAGCUAAGGUCGAAGUGGAUAGCUUUAAGAGGCCGCAGCACAGCGGACUGCGUGCGAAUCUACCUCAAUUGUACCAGAAAGUGGCCUUUCUUUGGUGCUACUCUAUUCCAAGCUAGAAUAAAACAGCCAGACUUGUCGAUGGUUUGGCUGGCCGUCUCAGAAGACGGCGUAACGGUACUGGAGCUGGCCUCCAUGGCCGUCAUAGGGCGAUAUGCGCUUAACUCCAUCGGGCUCUUCGGAGGGCUGCAGGACGACCUCAUGAUGUUGAUCGAUGCCGACGACGCGACGAGUCCCGUGCACAAGAUGUUGAUCAGUCUCAAUAAGCCUAAGAUGGCGGAGCUGACGCACCUGAUCGCCGACUACAAGAACGCGGCGCUGCGGCCCGGCGGGCUGGGCACGCCGCAGAUGAACUCGCUGACGCGCAACGGCAGCCACCGCUCGCUGCGGCGCGCGGGCGCGGGGGCGGCCACGCUGCCGCUCGCGCACGCGCCUUUGGCCGCGCAGGCGCCGCACGCGCACCACACCACGGGCCACAGCACGCUGGCGUCGCAGCACUCCGCGCACUCCGCGCACUCCGCGCACUCGCACGCCACCACGGCCACGCUGACGCUGAGCUCGCAGCACUCGCUGGCGCACGGCCAGCCCGACCUGCUCAAGGCCACGCCCGACCAGCACCGCCCCGACAAGAAGCGCUCGCGCGCGCUGGAGCCCGCCGCGUGACCGCGCCCGCCGCCGCGCCAGCUCGGCCCCGCGGCGGCGGGCGGCGCCGGUCUCGCGGUGCGGUCGCACGACAUCGACCCCUGAACGGUCGGACCCGUGCCGCACUUCCUUGUCGCUUGAAUUCACGGUAACUAACGGACGUGGCUCGGCACUUCGCCUGUGGCUCAAGACCCGUGUAAGUCGUAAUAAAAUCUUCGUCACUUGGAAUGCUGUCGCCCGAAACGCCGAUGAUUCUAGUCUAUUCGUGUAGGAAAGCUUCGAACGCAACUAAAGAUCUGUGUGAAAUCUCAACCGAAACUGGCUUAAUACCGAACUUAAGAGCAAUUUACCAAUACAAACCUAAAAAUAUUCAGUAAUAAUACAUUAAAUAAAUAAGUAAUCCAGCCGCAUAAGUCCGGAACUCUUUACGGAAUGUAAUUCCACCAAGUUGGGUAACUUUGAAUUCCCUUAUAAUUUUUAUUGAAACUAGACUAAAAAGAGCUUCUAAUCAACUACAUUCAUAACGGUGUGAAACGAAAAAACCAAAUAUUAUAGAUGUCAAAUUGACAUAACCUUGACAGUUAACGAGUGGUGAAAUUUUUCAUCCUUCGAGACAAACUUAGGCGUCUAAUUGGCCACAUUGCCAGGUCUUAGAUUGUUACUUUUCUUCAACAUUUAAAUUCGUUAUAUUAUUCGUCCCGAAUCCGAGACUAUACAAAUUUAAAAAACUCUAACCCACUUCGGAUGUCGCUUGUGCACGAAGUCCGAUCCGAGAAAAUACAAAUAUUGCUUGUACACCUUGAGAUAAUAUUAUGAUGAUUGAAAUGAAGAUAAUGGCAAUUUGUCCAUUAUAACAAGGUUAUUUAGUUUAACAAACCUGUUUUUUUAUUCAAUGUUCUAACAUACCCAAGUCAAUAAGAUUUUUGCUAUCCAAAAUAACCGUGUUCAAAGAUACUGAAAACUAAAGCAAUUUAUUAUUAUAUAAAAAAAAAUUUUUGUUUCUAAUUAAUAAUAAAUAAAUAAUUCGUUAUUUAGGCAUGAAAGGGUACAUCAAAUAAUAAAACUUAUGAAAA